GAUCGCUCGUCACAGUAGUCACUCUUGAGCCUAUCACCCACACUGCUGUAAGCACCGGUUCUGUUCACAUCAGCUUUGAACAGCACACACACACACGUUGUUUCGGACCUGCGUAUACAUACAACUUACCUCAAGCCAUUAUUGUCUGAUCCUAUACCGCGAUGAGCACUCCAGGAGUACCUACUACCCCAAACUCUCCUUACUCCUCGUACUUCAGACGCCGUACUAUCGGCCGUGCUUCCUCUCCCCCAACUUGGGCUUGCUACGAACAAAUUCCAUCUGACGAUGAUGACGAAGACUACAAUGACAGUCCUUCCGAAGAUGAGUCCUGCUCAGAAGAUGGAGAAGACUACGGCCAUCACGACCGUGAUUCUGAUGGUGAUCUUGCCGUAAAUACUGAGAGGCAGGAUGAUACACAGAACAUGGAGAUCGAUCGAGGUGAUCAAGGAGUCGACGAUGAGAAGAAUGCUGCCAAGUUUAAGAAGGAUAUGAAGGGCAAACAGAAAGCACUUGACCCUCAGCCAGAGCCAACAAAGAAGCAUUAUCGCAAGCGAGAACGUCGGCCGACCUAUACACUUCGUCCAAUCUUGACCAUUCAAAAGAGCCAAGGUUUUGUAUGGAACCAGGAUCUAUUCGUCCCCCCUUACAUUAAAGAUAGAUAUGUUGCAUCUACCUCGCCACCGACCUCGAAAGGGUUUUCCAGCUCUUGGACGUCAAAUACAUCUUCGAUGACUGAUUACAGUGAGGUAGAAGUGGUAGAGAUCAGGGUCAGAGACGGUGAACUCUAUGAUAUCAUCCCUUGA